ACAGUGGUUGCCUUUUCUACUAUUCUGGCAUCUUCUGCUCUUGUUAGUAAACAGAAGAGAACUAUUAAACACACAGCCAAGUACUCUUAAUCUCAAGAGAGAGACUUCGUACAGUAUGUUCUGUACAAAACUGAAAGACUUGAAGAUCACAGGGGAAUGUCCUUUCUCCUUACUGACUCAAAGUCACAUUACUGAGGAACAUGACAAGGACUGCACAGAAAACAGCUCUAGAGCAGCUUUGCCCAUCUGCAAAGAAGUCCAUGAAAAAGAUGCUCAAGGAAACCUUCCACAAAGGAAAACGAGCAGAAGUAGAGUGUACCUGCACACAUUAACUGAAAGCAUCUGCAAACUAAUCUUUCCUGAGUUUGAAAGGCUAAAUCUUGCACUUCAGAGAACACUUGCAAAACACAGAAUAAAAGAAACCAGAAAAACUGGGGAUAGAGAAGAUUUUGAAAAAAUAAUCAGUGAUCAUGCUAAUGUGGCAGGUGUUCCCGUGGAGACUCUACAGGAAUCUCUUGGUGAAGAGCUAUUCAAAAUAUGCUAUGAAGAGGAUGAACACAUAUUAGGGGUUAUUGGAGGAACCCUUAAGGACUUCUUGAACAGUUUCACUACUCUGCUGAAGCAGAGUGGCCACAGUCAAGAAGCAGGAAAAAAGGACAGACUUGAAGAUGCCUCCAUAUUAUGCCUGGAGAAAGAUCAGGACUUCUUAAAUGUGUAUUAUUUCUUUCCUAAGAAAAUCACGAGUCUUAUUCUAUCUGGUAUUAUUAAAGCAGCAGCUCAUAUUUUGUAUGAAACUGAGGUGGAAGUGAUGCUCAUGCCUCCUUGUUUCCAUAAUGACUGCACUGAGUUUGCUAAUCAGCCUUAUUUGCUGUACUCUAUACAAGUCAAAAGUGCAAAACCUUCCUUAUCUCCAUGUAAACCACAGUCUUCACUUGUGAUUCCUGCCUCUGUGUUCUGUAAGACUUUCCCAUUUCAUUUUAUGUUUGACAAAGAUAUGUCAGUUCUUCAAAUUGGAAAUGGGAUAAGAAGACUUCUGACCAGGAGAGAAUUUCAAGCUAAGCCCAAUUUUGAAGAGUAUUUUGAAAUUCUUACCCCCAAAGUAAGCUGCACUUUUAGUGGAAUAAUGACAAUGCUAAAUAUGCAGUUUACUGUACGAGUCAGAAGAUGGGAUAAUACUGAUAUGACAUCAUCCAUGGUAAUGGAUCUUAAAGGCCAAAUGAUCUAUAUUUUUGAAUCCAGUGCCAUCCUAUUCUUGGGAUCUCCUUGUGUGGAUAGACUAGAAGAUUUUACAGGACGUGGAUUGUACCUCUCAGAUAUUCCCAUUCACAAUGCAUUGAGAGAUGUUGUUCUGAUAGGAGAGCAGGCCAGAGCUCAGGAUGGACUGAAGAAGAGGUUAGGAAAGCUAAAAGCAACCCUUGAGCAGGCCCAUCAAGCACUUGAAGAAGAAAAGAAGAAGACUGUAGAUCUUCUGUUUUCAAUUUUUCCUGGAGAGGUUGCUCAGCAGCUGUGGCAGGGACAAGUCGUGCAAGCCAAGAAAUUUAAUAAUGUCACAAUGCUUUUCUCUGACAUUGUUGGAUUCACUGCCAUCUGUUCCCAAUGCUCACCUAUGCAGGUUAUCACCAUGCUUAAUGAGCUUUAUACUCGCUUUGAUUACCAAUGUGGAGAGCUAGAUGUCUACAAGGUUGAGACUAUUGGAGAUGCCUACUGUGUCGCUGGAGGUUUACACAAAGAAAGUGAAACACAUGCUGUUCAAAUAGCAUUGAUGGCCCUGAAGAUGAUGGAGCUGUCAGAUGAGGUGGUGUCUCCCCAUGGAGAACCUAUCAAGAUGCGUAUUGGCCUUCAUUCUGGAUCUGUCUUUGCUGGAGUUGUUGGGGUUAAAAUGCCUCGCUAUUGCCUUUUUGGAAAUAAUGUAACCCUUGCCAAUAAGUUUGAAUCUUGCAGUAUACCUAGAAAAAUAAAUGUCAGCCCAACAACUUACAGGUUGUUAAAGGAAUAUCCAGGUUUUGUGUUCACACCUCGCUCAAGAGAAGAGCUUCCACCAAAUUUUCCCAGUGAUAUCCCUGGAAUUUGCUAUUUUCUGGAUGCUUAUAUUCAAGGAACAAACUCACAGACUUGGUUUCAAAAGAGAGAUUUGGAAGAUGGCAAUGCCAAUUUUUUGGGUGAGGAAACAGGAAUAGACUAAAUUGUACAUUCACAAGUGUAUAGAAUAAAUUUAUAAAUAUUUUGAUUUUUUUUGUAUAAAUUGAAAUUUUUAAAAAUGUGUGAAACAUGAAAGCACUUUAGAUUGUUAACACCUGAAAGCCAGUAUUAAAAUUUCAGGAAGUAUGUCACUGACUACUUUUUAUUUUUCCUUUGCAUAAGGAAUAUAGUCACUAAAAUAAUGUUGCAACUUCACUGUUGAAAAUGCUACUAAAAACUACGUUUCCCUGUGGUAAUUUGUAAGUAAAAGUGCUAUGUAACAACUCUCUCAGUUCUCUCUGUGCUCAGAAUUCUAGAUGUAUUGUACAUGCAGUGUGUCAGGAAAUGUAAUGUGCAAGUGAUGCAGCCACAUGCAGUGUUGUGAGCUGGUGCUUACCAAUGACUACUAAAAUACAUUUUCUUAGUGAUUCCAUAAGAAAAUAUCCAUUAAAAUAUUGUCAUUGCUAUCA